GUAAGUUCACUCUUGGCUUGCAUUUCUACAUGCUCUGGAAAGACUUGUGGUAGUCUCUGACUGCGAUUAAUACGCUUCAGACUGAGCUCAAGAAACGCUCGUAGAAGUAAAAUCUCGCCGGAAUCUUAUCGUUCUUCGCUACGGCUACCCAAGAGUCGCAGAAAUGGGGGUCGGAACGCGUUCAUCGGCAAAGAAGAGCAGAGAGGAGAAAGAGUUGGAGGCGAAAAUGGUGGAUAAAAUUGAUGCAGAAACGCAAACAGAUCCUGAGAUAACUGGUGUAGACGCGGACGAUUUCGAGGAAGACGAUGGCGAAGGUGAAGAAUCCGGCUCGGAGAGCAGCGAAAAUGAGGACGAUGAAAUGGAGGCAGACGAAGACGGCCAAUUCAAAAGUGUCGACCGGGGAACGUCCUCGAAACCAGUGCGCCGCAAAAUAAUCGAGCUGAAGUAUUAUUUUGGGGAAGAUUUGCCUGACGCCGAGCUAACGAAACUUGCUGAAGCUGAGGUCAUAGUUCCCCCUGGACUUGAAGUAAAAGAAUCUAAUAUUCCUAAAGCUGGCAGGGGAGUGUUUGCAAAGUGUGUGAUCCCCAAACAUGACUUUUUUGGACCAUUUGUUGGUAAAAAGGUGACUGCUGAGGAGGCCAAAAACUACAAAGACUCCCCCUAUGUCUGGGAGGUGAGAGAUGACUAUGGAAAGUUGAUGCACUUGGUUGAUGGAAGAGAUGCAUUUCAGUCCAACUGGCUGCGCUAUGUCAACUGUGCCAGGAUUAUAACAGAACAAAACAUCCGUGCUGUUCAAUAUGAUGGAAAUAUUUAUUAUAUGGCUACUAGGCAGAUUGAAAUUGGAGAUGAGUUGCUGACAUUUUAUGGUGAAAAGUUUGCUAAGAUUCUUGGUAUAAAACCUCCAAAGAAAGGAGCAUCUAAAACUAAAGAUCCAGAACCUACUGAUGAGAGCUUUGCUUGCAAGAAUUGUGGGAAAAUGUACAGCAACCCUGCAUCCCUGAUUGGUCAUUUGAAGUACAAGUGCAACACAGGACAACAGAGGAGCAUUUUUGUCCCUCAGCCUGUUGGUCCACGAGCUUCAAUUCCCAAGAUCAAAGUUACAGAAGAAUAUGCUCGUCAACAAAAUGAGAAGUUGAAGAAGUUCAAAUGUGAUGAAUGUGGGAAGGCAUUCAUUCGCAACUACACACUGCAGUGCCAUAAGCUCAUUCACACUGGAGUGAAAGAGCAUAAAUGCACAGAGUGCGGCAAGGAGUUCACUCUGCUUAAACACCUGCAGCGUCAUCAGCUGGUUCACACUGGAGAGAAACCAUACAAAUGUCACCUCUGUGGUCGCGCCUUCUCACAGCAGGGAAGUCUUCAAGCCCAUAGCCGUACACACACAGGUGUGAAGCCAUAUUCUUGCAAGAUCUGUGGGCGCGCAUUUGCCUUGCAGUCACCUCUGCUGUCCCACAUGAGGACACACAGCCAGGAGAAGGCCUUCAAGUGCACUACUUGCGGAAAAGCCUUCACACACAGGAAUACACUCUCCCGGCAUGAGUUGAUCCACACUGGUAUACGCCCUUUCAAGUGUGACAAGUGUGGUAAGACCUUCACUCAGACCAAUGAUCUCAAGCGCCAUAGCCGCAUCCACACAGGAUUACGACCUUACAAGUGUCACAUCUGUGGCAAGGACUUCACAGUGGAGUUCACCUUAGUGUGUCAUGUGCGCACUCACACUGGGAGUCGACCAUACAAGUGUGACUAUUGCGAGAAGACAUUUACCCAGCCUGGUGCCCGUCUGAAGCAUGUACGAAAGAAUCAUCCUGAUAAGUCACCUGUUAAGGUGAGAGUUGCAACAAUCAUUUAGUCGAUGGA